CAGGAACAAUCCGAUUUCUGGAAACAAGAAGCUCAAGUGAACAAAGUUAGCAGUACCUUACAGCUGGGUUAGUCUCGCAUUUGCCACUCGUCAUGCCUCCUCGUCUUACGCGUCUGGCGCUUCCAAUUCGAGCUUCGCCGACCGUCUCGCUGCGUGUGAAGGUCGCGAGAUACAGCACCAGUCCCGACGAUGCCGUGAUUCAGACUCAAUACGUCCCUGCGCCUGGAUCUGGAAAUAUUCGCGUCCUUCUCCUGAACAGACCGAAUGCUCGAAAUGCACUGUCCAAAAACCUUCUGACCUCGUUAGCUCAGCAUGUCAAUUCGAUCUCUGCCGAGGGUGGUAACGGGCCGACUAGAGCUUUGGUCAUCGGUAGCAAUGCUGACUCCGCCUUUUGCGCGGGAGCUGAUCUUAAGGAGCGACUGCAUAUGACAAAGGAUGAAACAAACGCAUUCUUGGCCAAGCUGAGAGGCACAUUCCGCGACCUUGCUGCUCUUCCGGUCCCUACCAUCUCUGCUGUAUCUUCCCUAGCCCUGGGUGGCGGUCUCGAGCUCGCCCUUUGCACGCAUCUCCGCGUUUUCGGCUCCAACAGCACCGUCGCCCUACCCGAGACGAAGCUGGCGAUCAUCCCUGGCGCAGGCGGUACUUAUCGCCUUCCGUCGCUGAUUGGUGUGAACCGUGCCCGGGACCUCAUACUUACCGGACGCCGUGUGACGGGACCUGAGGCAUACUUUAUCGGGCUGUGCGAUCGACUGGUUGAGAUCCUUCCGGAAGAGGAGCAGAAGGAGGGUGCUGCGCGUGAGAAGGUACUGCGUGAGAGCAUCAAGCUUGCUCUGGACAUCUGUGACGGUGGUCCCAUUGCCAUAAAGCAGGCAUUGAAAGCAGUCAACGGGUAUGAGCAGGGUGAGGCGGCAGAGAACGAGGCGUAUGAUGGUGUUGUCGAGACGGAGGACAGGCGCGAGGCUCUGAUUGCGUUCGCGGAGAAGAGGAAGCCUGCUUUCCGGGGCCGAUAAAUGGCAAAACAAGCGGUAACUGAGCUCAGCUGUAUGUAUACCACGUUAGAGAACACAAAAUGGUUAUUCUCUUGACCAUGGGCAGGAAAGAGCCUGUUGGCCAGAAAUC